AUGAAUCGAUCAGAUGAAGAGAGUAUAAACAGUUUCACACCAGAUUCAGGGCAUUAAGAGAAUAAUGAAGAAUUAAGAAAUAGAGACAACAAAAAAUAUGCAAUUAUUAAUUAAUCUGUUCGUGUUCAAUUAUUACGUCGCAUACUAUCUAAAUAAUCUACAAUAAAGGAGGCAGCAUAAGAAUUUGGAAUAAAUUUCUCGACAGCAAAAGCGAUUUUGCAAACUUAUCGUAAAGAAGGACGUGUAGGCAAGAAAAAGACAAGAGAUCGAAAUAAGAGUAAAUAGGAUUUGGGAGAUCACAAUCAGAGUAGGAAGAUUUAAUCGAUGUAUAAUCUCGAAUAACCUUAACAAAUAAAAACCAUCUCUCCAGAAGUGAAACCUUCACCUCAAACUUAUCAAUAAAUAAUGAUUCCAGUAAUGAGCACACCUAAUCUUGAUAAUACUUAAAUUGCUUUAGCUUAUUGUCAAAGAGAAUUGGCUUAAUAGAAAAUGGUUAAUUUUUAAUUAAUGAUGAUGAUUUAAAACUAUAAAAAUAUUACACAAGUAUAAGUCAAAGAAGAAUCUAACAAAAUUAAUUGA